AUGCCCCCAAAAAAGAAGGGAGGUGAUGGGCCUUCAAAGAAGACCAUUGAGAAGGAGAAGAAAAGGAUAAUUGAAGACAAGACAUUUGGAUUGAAAAAUAAGAAGGGGGCUAAGCAGCAGAAGUAUGUUCAGCAGGUGCAAAAACAAGUCACCUACGGCAACAAAUCUUUUCGAGAUAUGGAGAAAAUUCAGCAAGAAAAGGAGGCUCGCAAGGCUGAGAAAAAAGGAGGACCUGAUGAACUCACCUUACUAUUCAAGCCUGUUGCCGAACUACAAAAGAUUUCAAAAGGGGCUGACCCCAAAUCCAUUCUCUGUAUAUUUUUUAAGCAGGGAACUUGUAUCAAAGGUGAUAAGUGCAGGUUCUCCCAUGACUUGACCAUUGAGCGCAAGGCUGAAAAGAAGAACAUCUAUGAAGACGAACGCAAUGAGAUGGAUGAUUGGAACCAGGAACAACUGGAAGAUGUUAUAUCCAAGAAACACGGCGCCCAAAAUAAGGGCCUUCCUCCCACGACUAUAAUUUGCAAAUAUUUCCUAGACGCGGUGGAGGCGGGUAAGUAUGGAUGGUUCUGGAACUGUCCAAACGGUGAUGGGUGUCAUUAUCGUCACUGCCUCCCUCCUGGGUUUGUCCUCAGAAAGGACAGAAAAAAGAUGGAGGAGCAGAAGGAGACUAUUUCCUUGGACGAACUUAUUGAAACAGAGCGUCGCGCUCUGGGCAUGAACCAAACCAAGGUUACCCUUCAAACCUUCUUGGCGUGGAAGAAGCGGAAGCGAGCAGAAAAAAUUGCCGCGGGAAAACAGGCGAAGGAAAAGAAACAGGCUGAUUUCGCCCAAGGUCGUAUGUUUGGUAUCUCUGGUCGAGAAAUGUUCGAGUUCAAUCCGGAGUUCGCGAACGAAGGCGAAGAGAUCGACGGCGAUAUAUGCGAUUCUCGACUUCGUGAGCCAGAGGAUGGUGAAGAGGAAUACGAAGUUCAUGAUAUUGAUGUCAGCGCUUUCGAUGUUGGCUUUUUGGAAGAUCCUGAAACCGGUGACGCUGCGUCUCCAAACGACGAAAAUGUCGCUGCCAACACCGCUAAUGCUCCCCCGAAAGACCAAAUCGUCAUUGAUGAGGCGCUCUUUAACGACGCCGAUUUGGAGGGUUUGGAGGAGGAGCUGGAGGACUUGGGUGUAGAGAGUUAA